GGCCACAGUCCACUCUAACGAGCAACGUUUCACCUUUACACUGCGAGUUGUGUAGACACACAGGUCUUUUCAUCCACUGCCUCUCAGCAGGUAGCACACGCAACCAUGACGGUCAAAGAGAAGAGCGACGAUGAGAGACCAAAGAAGAGCGUGGAAUGCUGUGGUUAUCCAGUCAGUAUAUUUUUCAUCGUUGUCAACGAGUUUUGUGAGAGGUUCUCCUACUAUGGGAUGCGUGCGGUGCUGGUGCUGUACUUCAGGUACUUCCUGCGUUGGGAUGAUGACCUCGCCACCUCCAUCUAUCACGCUUUUGUGGCCCUGUGCUACUUGACUCCCAUACUAGGCGCCAUUGUGGCUGACUCAUGGCUUGGAAAGUUUAAAACCAUCAUCUACCUGUCCAUUGUGUAUGCCAUCGGCCAGAUCGUCAUGGCAGUCAGUGCUAUUCAAGACAUCACCGACACAAACAGAGAUGGCACAUCAAACAAUAUGACUGUGCAUGUUGCCUUGGCAAUGAUAGGGCUGGUCCUCAUCGCUCUUGGUACAGGUGGCAUCAAACCCUGUGUGUCUGCGUUUGGAGGAGAUCAGUUUAAGGACCACCAGAUGAGGCAGAGAAGUACGUUCUUCUCUGUGUUCUACCUGUGUAUUAAUGCUGGCAGUCUCCUCUCCACUCUCAUCACCCCCAUACUCCGAGGUCAGGAGUGUGGUAUUUACAGUACACAGAAAUGCUACCCGCUGGCUUUUGGUGUUCCUGCAGCCCUCAUGGUGGUCUCUCUGGUUGUGUUCAUUGCUGGCAGUGGUAUGUAUGUUAAAGCCGCACCCAAGGGCAACAUUAUGCUGGAUGUGUCUAAGUGCAUUGGGUUUGCUGUUAAGAACCGUUUCAAUCACAGGAGCAGUAAAUACCCAAAGAGAGAGCACUGGCUGGACUGGGCUGAUGAGAAAUAUGAUAAACUCCUCAUUGCUCAGAUUAAGAUGGUGCUCAAAGUGCUGUUCCUCUACAUCCCUCUCCCAAUGUUCUGGACUCUAUUUGACCAAAAGGGCUCCCGUUGGACCCUCCAAGCCACCACCAUGGAUGGGACCUUUGGAUCACUGGUUCUGCAGCCGGAUCAGAUGCAGACAGUGAACCCCAUUUUGAUUCUCACCCUGGUGCCCAUCAUGGACAGAAUAGUGUAUCCUCUCAUCAGAAAGUGUGGCUUCAAGUUCACCCCUUUGAAGAGAAUGACUGUUGGGAUGUUUUUGGCUGCCAUGGCUUUUGUGUCUGCAGCUCUGGUCCAGAUUCAGAUCGAUAAAACACUGCCAGUUUUCCCAUCCUCUACACAAACUCAGCUGAAGGUAGUGAACAUGGGAAGUGCUCAGCUCCAAGUCAACAUCCCCCCCGAUACAACUGUUCAGCUCGGAUCCCUGAAGGCCAGUAAGGACUACAUGACCUUUGACAGUCCAAACAUUACAGUUUCGUUGAACACAAAUCCUGUGAUCAAUAAAGCCUUCACCCUGAGUUUGGGACAGCGUCAUACCCUCAUUAUCCCCUCUGAUCCUAAUGCCAUGUAUCUGACAGAAGAUUUAACCGCCAAACCAGAGCAAGGCAAUAAUGCAGUCAGAUUUGUAAAUGGUAUGAGUACAGCAUUGAAUGUUUCAAACAUUGCACUCAUCGAACCAUCAGCUGUUUCAAACAACACACUGGUUUCACAGGGGUCUCGGAAGUUUACCAUCACUGACGGUAUGAAUUCGUGUCAGUUCUCAACACAGUUUGGAUUUGGAGGAGCGUACACCUUCCUUAUCCCCAGCACACUGAUCUGGAAUGAAAAUUGUGGUAAUGUAGUGACAGUGGAAGAUAUUCAGCCCAAUACUGUGCACAUGGCCCUUCAGAUCCCUCAGUAUUUCCUCAUCACUGCAGGAGAAGUGGUGUUCUCUGUCACCGGCCUGGAAUUCUCAUACUCACAGGCCCCCAGCAACAUGAAGGCAGUACUGCAGGCCGGCUGGCUCUUAACUGUGGCUGUGGGAAACAUCAUUGUGCUGAUUGUGGCCGAGCUGGCAAAGCUACCAGACAAGUGGGCAGAGUAUGUGCUGUUUGCUUCUCUGUUAGUGGCAGUGUGUAUAAUCUUUUCAAUAAUGGCUUAUUUCUACACCUACAUCGACCCUGCUGCGAUUGAGGCCAAGUUCAAGCAAAACAAUGAGCAGGAACCAGAUGAGAAAGAAGCAAAAGAAAGUAACGCUUUAGAGAUGGAAACACAUAAGACAUUGCAAAGCCAAGAAAAUGAAAUCAAUUUGACUAAAAUCUGAUUAAACUAUGAUUUACUCCA